GCAUCCAUUGUCUGCACGCUUCGAAAGGAAACACUGGGUCGCAUUCCAAAAAUGCUGGCGCUUUCCUAUGUCUGGGCCGAUCCAAACGUUACCGUUCCCAUAUCUUUGAACGGUGUCGAAUUCCAACUUACGACUAAUCUUGCGGCAGCACUUAGGCGCAUUCGACCUUCGCCAUUUAGGCCUGAUAUUAGUCGCAUCGACCUCUGGAUCGAUGCAAUAUGCAUC